AUGAUUAUUAAAUUGAUAUUAAUGGUAGCUAUAGUGCAAUAUACAAUUGCCGAUUUUAAUUGUGAUACUAUUUGUAGUAAAAGGAACCAAACACGUACAUAUAUCUUUGAAGCUAAGUAUAUUAAAGGCGCGCCAGAUGGUUAUAUGAAAUCGAUAUUCACUAUAAAUGGUGAAUUUCCAGGCCCCACAAUCUAUGCAUGUGUCAAUGAUACAAUCAUUGUAACUAUUACAAAUCACGGCCUUGAACCAACUGCUAUGCACUGGCAUGGGAUCCUUCAGCAGGGCACACUCUACUCUGAUGGGGUACCUGGCUCAACACAAUGUGCAUCGAAUAUCGGUGAGUCAUUUACAUACUAUUUCCAUACAACCAAACCUGGCACCUAUUGGUAUCAUUCUCAUUUUGGUAUACAAUAUAUUGACGGCUUAAAAGGAGCAAUAGUUGUUUGCGAUCCGGAUGAUCCAUAUAAAGUAUCAUACAACAGAAGUCAAGACGAUGUCCUUCAAUGUACAGACUGGUAUCAUUCAAAUGCAACUUAUCUUUACAAUUUAUAUCUAUCCAAUGCGCUUCAUGGUGCUGAGCCAAUACCUGAAUCAUGUUUAAUCAAUAAUUUCGGACAACCUCCAGAUUGUCAUGCUAAAAAGACAUGUGGAUAUUAUCGCACAGAAAUUAAAGCUGGCAUAAGCAAACGUAUUCGUGUAAUUAAUACAUCAGCAUUUGCCGUACUCAUGUGUACAAUUGAUGGUCAUCGAAUGAGAUUAAUUGAAGCUGAUGGUACAUAUUUAAAUGGAAAAACAUAUGUUAAUGUUCUAACAUUUAAUGCUGGUCAACGUUAUUCAUUUAUCAUAGACGGUAAAACAAAUCCAAAGCAAAAUUAUUGGAUUCGCUGUAAUAUGGACACACCAUACCUUAACGGCCCUUCAGCACAGCCUACUGUACGUGGGAUUUUAGUUUAUGAUACGAAAUUUGGUUUGCCGCCAGAUGCACAAUUCAACGAUUCGGAGCAUGUUAUACAAGGUGCGCUCGCUCGUGCUAACAGAUUUAUUGAUCAAAAUUUAGUACCGAUGAAGGGACGAUGUAACUGUCCAAAAAAAAGCACACGAAAAAUAUUUUUAGAACUUGCUUUUGUAUUUUCUAAUAACGGAGCACUUCUACCAAUUAUGAAUCAUCAUGCAUUUAAAGCUGUGGCAAAUACAACAAUAUUAUCAUUAAUUCAAACUAAUAUAUCAUCAUUUCCUGCUUCUGCGAAUGUAUUUACAAUUGAAAAAGGUGAAGUUAUCGAUUUAUAUAUAAAUAGUGAAAUUGGUCAACAUCCAAUGCAUUUACAUGGGCAUGUCUUUUGUGUAAUGGGUAUUGGAAAAGUGGGUUCUGGUUUCUCUGAUGCCUCAAACGUUGAUUUGAACACAGAUAAUCCAAUAUGUCGAGAUACAGCUUCAAUCCUUUUCGAAGGUUGGAUGGUAUUACGUUUUGUAGCUGAUAAUCCUGGUGUAUGGAUGUUUCAUUGCCAUAUUGACUGGCAUUUAGGUGCUGGUCUCGCACUACAAUUUAUCGAAUCACCGAAUGCCAUACGCAAAAUAUAUGGUACAGCGCAGAAACCUGUGGAAUGCAAGAUGGACCGUAAAUAA